AUGUCCCGGCCAUUCCCUCCACUGUUCGUCACACUGGUCCUGCUGCUGCUAACGUCGACCUCGUCGCCGGCCACCGCCGCGGCAGAGAUCGCGGAGGCGCCGUCCGCCGUUGGCUGCAGCGGGAGCGCGGAGGCGGCGUCGCGGGUGGUGGCGGAGAGCUGCACGGACGACAUCGUCAGGUCCUUCUUCGGCGUGCGCGGCAGCGACCUCUGCUGCCGCGCGCUGGAGACGGCCGGCGCCGGGUGCUACCGCACGGCGUUCUCCGGCUCCCCGUUCGCCGAUAUCUACCCGACCAUCCUCGGUAACGUCUGCGGCCUCGCCGUGGCUCCCAGCCCCGGGGAGCGGUCGUACUACUAGCCUAAUCUCCGGUUGUAACCGAAGUUGAGAAAACGAGAUGUAAUUAUAAGAUCAUCUGAAAUAAAAUCGGCUACGCGGUACAAAGUCCAA